CAGAAUUAAAAUCUUUGUUUCUGCUGGAGCAAAAUGAUGCGUCUAAGGUAGUGAGGAUAGGUGAAUGUGUAAUACGGAACGAGCGUGAAGAGAGGGAUAAGACAAUGAAUGAUUUUCACAGACAGAUGGUGUUGAUAAAUAUGAGACAACCACCACUACGAAAACGAACAAGCAGCGUGAGGGUGAUCAGUUGGGUGGUUUAUUACGGACACAGUGAGAUUUUAAAAUACAUUUUUGAGCAAACAGAACGAUACAAAGAUACACAAUCUAAAGUGUUUUUGAAUCCUUUUCACCCUGAGUUAAGCUAUAUAAUAAAGAAAGGCGAGAAGAUCACUGCAGCAAACAAUGAAACAGACAAUUUAUGUCCUCUGAAACCACGGAGUGAUUCAAUAAAUCAAUCUGUUUAUGAACAACGUCGCUUACUCAUAUUGAGUUGUUACAGUGGGGAUCUAGAGACUUUUAAAAUAUUUAUCAAAUACGUCAAUCUAGAUACAAUCAUCAGAGAACAUGAAUAUUCACACUUUGAUGAAAUAUGGAAUGACAUACCACUUGCAGCAGCAUGAGAGAGAGGAGAAAUCAGUAUCGUGAAAGUGCUUUUGGAAGCAGGUGCUGAUGUUAAUCCACAAAGUAUGUAUAAAACACCACUAACAGCUGCAGCCGAGAGUGGUCAUACAAAUGUGGUAAAUGAACUUCUAAAAUCAGGAGCCUGUGUGAAUCCACAAGAUAAAUAUGAUAUUCCGCUGACAGCAGCAUGUAGAAAAGGGCAUCUGUGUGUUGUUAAACAGCUCCUAGAUGCGGGGGCUAAUGUUAAUCCAGAAUGUGCAAAUGAUACACCACUGACAGAAGCAUGUGUCGGUGGACAUAUAAAUGUAGUCAAGGAGCUGGUAAAGGCGGGGGCUGACGUCAAUGUACAAGGUAUCUUAAACACGCCGUUGACUGAAGCAUGUGAGAGUGGACAAUUAAGUCUUGUGAAGUACUUGUUAGAGGUCGGGGUUGAUGUCAAUGGUUUAUCUAAUCAACCACUCAGAACAGCAUGUAAGUGUGGACAUUUAGAUGUAGUGAAAGCGUUGCUGGUUGCAGGGGCUAAUGUCAAUCUACAAGAUCAUAAAGAUACACCGUUAACAGAAGCCUGUAAGGAGGGACAUAUGAGUGUCGUAAAGGUGCUGCUAGAAGCAGGGGCUGAUGUUAAUCUGAAAGGUUUAUUUUAUACACCAUUGACAGCAGCAUGUAAGAAGGGACAUUUAAGUCUAGUGAAGGAUUUGCUACAGGUAGGGGCUGACGUCAAUCUACAGGGUGAAAAUACACCUCUGACAGAAGCAUGCAAGUGUGGGCAUAUAGAUAUAGUAAAAGAGUUGCUAAUGGCAGGGGCUAAUGUAAAUCCACAAGGUGAGGAUUAUACCCCAUUGACAGAAGGAUGUAAGAAUGGAUAUAUGGGUGUAGUAAAGGAGCUGCUACAGGCAGGGGCUGAUAUAAAUCUACCAGGUGCUUUUGAAACACCAUUGACAGCAGCAUGUGAAGCUUGA